UCCAUAUAUCUAAAACAAAAAAUGUUAAAAAAAAUAUCUCCAGAAAAUAAAAACACAAAAUGUUAGCAAUACCAAAUUACAGUCUCUUUAUAGUUCAAAGGCAUGAUUGUAACAUAAAUGAAGUGGUUGAUCGAAGCAAGUGGAGAAGAUCGUAGAGCUUACAAUGAGAAGAACGAAAGGGAAGCUAAGUCCACGUGAAUUGUUCACUCAAGAACAUAAAGGCCUUGUGGAAGAAGGAGAAAAAUGGAUGAAGAAAACAGCAAAUUCAUGUAUGUUGGUUGCAACUCUAAUCACCACCGUAGUUUUUGCGGCAAUCUUCACCGUACCAGGCGGAUACAACAACGACAACAACAUCAACAACCGUGGAGCCAUCGAGAGCAACAACACAGGCAGUCCUCUAUUUCUUUACAACAAAUGGUUCACUGUUUUUGUGAUAUCAGAUGCAACAGCUUUGAUCUCAUCUUCAACUGCAAUACUAUUGUUUUUGUCGAUCCUCACAUCACGUUGUGCAGAAGAAGAUUUCCUUCUUUCGCUGCCAUUAAAAUUGGUGUUUGGACUUGGAACGCUCUUCCUAUCAGUAGUUACUAUGGUAUUGGCUUUCAGUGCCACAUUUUUUCUGUUCUAUGGCAAAGAUACAGCUUGGGUUCCAUUGCUUGUUGCUGGAAUGGCUAUUCUUCCUGUUUAUUGUUUUGGUGUUUUACAGUCUAAGCUUGGGGCUGAUACAUUAGUAGCUUUACGAGCCACUUACUACUUGUAUUUCAGGAAUUCCAAGCCCAUAAUGUUUUUGUUGAAAUGCCUUGAAUCUCUUUACUGACCCUAAGGUUUAGAGUAGUGCGCUAUAUAAACUCUCUAACCCUAGAAGCGCCGUUUUGAUGUAAUUUUGAAAACAUUCUCUCAAAUAAUAUUG